AUGCACCUCUUCAAGUAUCUUCUCGCCGCUCUGCCGGCCCUCGCCCUCGCCCAAGAGUCGGCGCCCGCGAGCUCCGGGCCCUCCUCCACUGUGACGCAGACCUCGGUCAUCACCAUGACCAAGACCAUCGUCCUCCAGCGCCUUUCAACCGUCACCGCCACCGCAGGGGUCAACGGCACCUCGGUCGGCACCACUUCGUACUUGACCCCCAUACCGAGCGGCGCUGCCGCUCCCUCGACUGCCGUUCCUUCGUCGCCUCGCGGCCCUACCGUCAACGCUGCGGGCUCGCUCGACGCUACCAGAGUUGCCCUGGCUGGGCUUGCCGGCAUGUUGGCCGUCGCCAUGCUCUAA